AUGGAACUUGUCCAGUGGGCAUGUGGUGUAGACCCAGCAUUUGCGAGAGAAAAAUUUGAAGACGCGGUAACAGCUAUUGGACUUCGCGUUGAUGUCGGCGCUAUGAUUUGGCAAUCCUAUUUAUGCUUCGAAGAGGCCUUGCUUGGAGAAAAAGAUGAUCCAGCCAGGAUUCAAUCUUUUUACGAUCGCAUGUUAGAAAGGCAUCCUGACGACGAAAAUGCAUGGUUUGAUUAUGGACAGUGGUGUGAAACGAAACUGAAAAUUCACUCAGUUACAUGCCGCGUAUAUAAACGAGCAGUACGCCACUGCCCGUAUAGCUGUGCACUGUGGCAGCAAACACUUCUUGCUCUUGAGCGCGCUGGAGCAGCUGCAGAGGAAAUCGAUGAAAUGUGGAUUAGUGCUCGAGAA